AUGAAGCAAUUGCGGGUAUCCUUCUCCUUCCCCUUCUCCACUCUUCACACGGCCAGCGUCGUCGCUCCAGCCGUCGUGAAAGUAGUCCUUUCCGACGGUACGGUCCACGAGUCUGAUGACUCGUCGACCGUGGCCGAGCUGAUGCUGGAGCACCAACGAGAGGUGGUGGUGGAAUUCGACUCCGAGAUGACGAUCUCCACCACCGUCUCCACGGGUCGAAGCCAUAGACGCCUUGUCCCGCUUCCAGCUGAUAGGAAGUUGGAAGCAGGAAAAGUGUACAUGAUGCUUCCCCUGAAGCGGGGGAAGUCACUUUCUCUAACUUCAGAGGAAGCGCGCCACGUCCUUCUGAACGCGAGCACGCUUCUGAAGCAAUCUUCUUCUUCACCGUACAAGUUCGUGCCUCUGUUUGCACGGGCUUGUACGGCUGGCUCCAUUGGAGGACACCGCGAGGGGAACUUCGUCAAGUUGGUGAAGAAGGAAACGAGUUGUGACGAGCAAGUGAUGAAGGUUGUGAAGAGGACGGAUUGUAAGCGUCUCGUGUCGUUUUUCGAGGAGGAGGAUGAGGAGGAGGAGGAUGAAGAGAACAAGGUGCCGGAGUAUUUGAGCCGGCAGUUGUCCGGUAAAGGGUGGAAGCCUACUCUGGAUACGAUUAAGGAGAAGAAGAUCGAGCAGCAGAAGCUCCCGCAUUGGUUGUUUUGA